AUCUUCUUACUCCUGUGGAGGAGGGAGGCUAAAUGGCUAAUGUAAACUUCAGACUCUGCCAUCCUCCCAUAUUACAGUUUCCAACUGUGGGCACAAAAUUAUAUAAUUUACAAUCCUGAUGCUUUGGCCGCGUGUCGAACUCAAGACCUCCCGCUUUGAGACUAAGAAAAUGUUUCAGAAACCUAAUCCUGCAGUAGCAGCUUACCAAAUAAGACACUCUUUGAUCGCACCCAUCACUAAGAAACAUGAAGACUUUGAAACUGCAGCAGUUUCAGUUCCUUCUCCCUGCCAUAGCAGCUUCGAAAACCCAACCAUCUAAACAACAAAUUUUCUCAUCUUCCUUUUCAGCUAUACCAAAUCUAACUGAUACUUAUCUAAACACAAGACCCAAAAAUUUUCCGACACUAAGCCAGGAACAAGUCUCCAAAAUCAACCUCCUAAUUCCACGUCUCUGCCUCUCUAACCACCUGACAACCGCAAUCCAGCUAACCACCACCGCACUACUCACUAACGCUCCCCCGAAUCCCAAGUCCCUCUCUGUUUCCAUUCUCAUCCACUCCCUCACUCUCCAGCCUGACUUGAAACUAUCCAUGUCACUCUUGACCCGCCUCAACCACAUCCCACAAGCUCACCCACAUCUAACGCCCGUCUCCACCAUGCUCAUUGCUUCUUAUCUCAAAAAGGGUAGGCAUAAAGAUGCCUUAAAAGUAUACAACUGGAUGCGGAGGCCUGGCUCUCCUUGUACGGUAGAUAAGGAUGCCUAUGGGAUUUUGGUUGGUGGGUUCUGUGCUAGCGGCGUUGUUCUUGAGGGCUUGAUGGUUUUGAGGGAUAUGUUAAAGGUCCAUCUGUUGCCAGGGGAAGGCCUCAGAAAAAAGGUGGUUAGGAGUUUGCUGAGAGAGGCUAGAGUUAGGGAGGCAAAGGCAUUUGAAGAGCUUUUGCCUUGUGUUGCAUGUGUUGGAGCUCUCAACAAGGUGUUGGAUUUGUUGGAUCACCUUAUCGGAAAUUGGACACAAUAGCACCAGCUUGGAGUGAUGUAGGUUUGAACAAAUGGAUAGCCACUUCUGGCCUGGCUCGUCCUGUUUUUUACCAAGUUGGCCAAAGCUUGCCUUCUCUUAUAGAAGGGCCAACUGAUAUGCCGACGGAACAGGAAGUGAUUAUGCUGGGGACCUUAUGGAGCAUAUAUGUGGGCCUUUCUACGACAAAAAUAUACCCUAAAACUUUCCAAGCUGCAUCAAAUGCAUCAUUGAACAGAUCUUAUAGCUUUUUCCUUCAACCAUUUUUUCCACAUGUACAAACCUGAGAGCCUUAAUAUAUCGUGGAAAGUAUUGAAUUGAUACA